UGCCUGCUUUUGCCAAAUUGCGGAAUAUUUAUAUGUGUGUGUGUGUGCAUGUAGAAUUGUUUUUUGGCAUCACCUUAUGCACCUUAAACAUUGCUUGAGGCACUCACCCAAGCACUAAAGGGUGUGUAGGUAUAUAUGUGUGAGUGUAUUGGGAAUUUGUUUUAGGCAUUGCCUCAUGCACAUUAAAGGGUGCCUGGGCAUUAGGUGAACAUCUCACUAAAGGUGCCUUGCCUAGACUCUGAAGGUGAGCACCUCACUAAAGCCUCCUAGCUUCAGAGCUUUUGGAGGUGACCUUAGUGGCAGCUCAUCUCACCUGAGCACGUAGCUUACUUUGGACCACACUGGCUUUAGCUAUCAAAUCAAGUUAUAUUGCUCAAGCCCAACAUAAUACACCAAUUAGAAGAAAUUUCUUGCUCAUUUGCUUAUCCUGAUACAAAGAAACACUCUAUAAGCAUUUUUUUUCAUCUACUUAUCAUCUGAAUGCCUUACAUAUCUCCUUUUGUUAACAUCUCUUGAGAACAUAUAAUUCAAAUUUGUUUACCCUCUUUCUUUCCUUUGAGUGCCUCACUAGUGCAUUCAAUGUAAAAUUUAUGUGGCCACUUAAUGCAAUGCAUCAUUUAGUAAUAGUUUAGAUCCAUUCUAGCUUUUAUUGAUAACUGUCCAUGAAUAUCUUCAGUUGUGCUCAACAUAUGAUGUUCCUUCUUGCAGAAAGGUCAAUUUCAAUGGGUGUGUCAUUUGCUGCAUCAAAACCACCCAAAACAUAGCCCUCUUUGGGACCAUCCACUGCCCCUGGACCUUCUCCACUUUACCAAGGUCCUAGCAGUAAUCCCUCACCAAUAAGUGGUCAUCAUCGUCAUCAUCAGCAUGUUAAACCUGAUGCAAUUGCUCCAUCCCCUUCAAAAAACCAUGCUUGUGAUCAAAUUUGUAUAGAGCCACUUACUGCAACUCCCAUUGGUUCACCUUGUGGUUGUGUGUUUCCCAUGAAAGUCAAACUUCUUCUGGAUGUAGCCACUUUAUCUGUUUUUCCAGUAAUGAGGGAGAUAGAGAUUGAGAUCCGGAAAGCACCUAUUUGGAGCAAAGCUAUGUUAAAAUUAUGGGUGUUAUUGCUAAUAGUCAAAAUCAAGAAAGUACAGUUGUGGAUAUUAACUUGGUUCCACUGGGAGAGAAGUUUGAUAAUACUACUGCAGUACUGACAUCUGACAGAUUUUGGCAUAAGAAAGUGCCUCUAAAUUCAACUCUUUUUGGUAACUAUGGAGUGCUAUACAUUAGUUAUCCAGGGAUUCCUUCUUCACCACCUUAUGGGAGUUACAUUGGCAAUGGACCAACAGGAAGUGUUGGAGACCUCCCAAUCACAGCAAAUUUUAUCAACAAGAACCAGCAGAUGAACCUCAAAACCAUUGCCAUAAUAUCUUUGUCUGCAUUUGUGCUCGUAUUAGUUUUCAUUGGAGCAUUCUCUAUCUUUUUGAAGUGGAGGAAGGUUAGAAGACCAUCAAAUGCCGUUGGUCCAGCAUUUACACUCUCUACAAACAAAAGAUCUGCUCUUGCUCCAUAAAUUCUUCCUAAACACAAUCAAAUCUUGUAUCUUUAUCUUCAUAAAAAGGAAGAUUAUCAUGAUUCAACAUUAUGCCAAUAGAAAAAUUGGCAUAAUGCUGUUUGGGACUUCCUUU